GUCGUCACCCGGUGACGUGUCAGUUUGUUUACAGCGGUCUCCGCGCUGCAGCUGCACAGACAUGGCUGUGGAUAUAACUUUACUUUUCAAAGCCAGUGUCAAGACGGUAAAAACCAGGAACAAGGCGAUAGGAAUAGGCUCUGACUCUACCAAAGAUGAGAUUUUCAAGAGGAGCGGACCCAAGAGCGGCUUCUCUCGGAAGGCGAAAGAAGUGAUCUCGAACAUCACCAAGCUCAAAGACUUUCUACUGCAACACAGGAAAGAUUACGUGAGCGCCGGAAGUCUCAUCUCGUCAGAUCUAACCCGUAUGACGGACAAUGAACGAGACCAGAUUGACCAGGAUGCUCAGAUCUUCAUGAGGACCUGCUCCGAGGCCAUCAAGCAGCUACGCAAUGAAGCGGCGCAGCAGGUGACAUCAGCCCAGAUAAAGGAGCACAGAGGGGCAGUGCUGGACCUCAUUGAAAUGUUUCUGAGAGGAGUAUGUAAGCUGUACUCUGAACAGAGGGCCAUCCGAGUCAAGAGAAUGGUGGACAAGAAGAGGCUGUCGAGACUGGCCCCAGAGCACCGCAGUAAGGUGCAGAAAACGCCGGUGUUGGAGCCCAAAGAGGAGAAGACUGUCAAGGAGGAAAGUCCUGAGAAGAGUGUGUCGGAGGUCCUGGACAACCCUGUCAACCUGUGGGAGGAGGACCGAGUGGAGGACGAGCUGUCUCCUGAGGAGAUCCAGAUGUUUGAGCAGGAGAACCAGAGGUUGGUGAGUGAGAUGAACAGCCUGGUGGAUGAAGUGAGGCAAAUCGAGGGGAAGGUGGUGGAGAUCUCUCGACUGCAAGAGAUCUUUGCAGAGAAAGUCCUGCAACAAGAAACCGAGAUAGGCAGCAUUCAUCAGCUGGUUGUGGGUGCUACAGAAAACGUCAAAGAAGGCAAUGAGGAUAUACGAGAGGCAAUCAAAAACAACGCUGGCUUCCGGGUGUGGAUCCUGUUCUUCCUGGUCAUGUGCUCCUUCUCUCUCCUCUUCCUGGACUGGUACGACAGCUAACACAACCAGCCAGAAUGGACUCUAUGUUCGACAGGAAACCGUCUGGCUCUGGCACAUAUUGGUUAUCUCGUAAAGAGGUGAUGAUGGCAACACUGAGACUGACUGUACAGUUUACCAUGCUGGAGCUGGUGUGCAAAGUGCUCUUCGUGAAGAUUCUGUGUUCAAGUGGACAUGGCAGUUCGUCCUUCCCCCGAUGCUAACUAUCUAAAUAGUGUUUGUCCAGUGCUUUCAGGGCUUCCAUGUUUAAUUUUUCCUCUUUUACGUGUUUUACGUGUUUAUAGCAAGACACUCCGUCUUUCUUUGCCACUAAAAGCAGCGAUGAUGGUUUGAACGCCUGAAAAAAACUACUUUCUUAUCCCCUUUGGAACAGACUGAAGGAUACUGUUCAGACUGGCAUUACUAUUACUGUCACAUGUACACUAUUUGAAUAGAUUAUACAUGUGUGUAUGUCAGUGACACAUAAAUUAUACUUCACUGUCAAAUCCUGAUGAAUGUUUUUGCUUUACAGGCAAUUAUGGGCAGCAGAGCAAUUUAUUCGAUAUAUCUAUCACGGCACAACUGUACUGACUCCGCAUUCUAGUAAAACUAAGCAAUCGUCUUAA